AUGGUUGUGCUCGUGAAUUUUUUAGAUGUUAAAAUGGCCGACGAAAUGAAUGAAGAAAAUUUAUCAUCAGAUGAUCUAUGGUUGAAGAUUAUCAAUGAAGGUGUCGAAGAUCGUGUCGAAGUCAAUCAACGAAUGUUAAUUGAUAAAAUGCUAGCAAGAUAUUCCUCUGAUUUUGUUGUUUAUCGUGAAUUGAUUCAAAAUUCUGACGAUGCACACGCAACUUCGUUCAUUCUUCAAAUAAAAUGUAACUCAAAAGAAAUUCAACAAAAUGCAACUGAAAAUGAUUUUCAUAAUUGUGAAAUAACAGAAAUUCGUACGAUAAAUAACGGAAAUACAUUUACCGAAGACGAUUGGAAACGCGUGAUAACCAUCGCUGAAGGAAAUACGAACAUCGACGCCAUUGGACAAUUCGGUGUUGGUUUCUUCUCAGUUUUUUCCUAUUCAGAAAAGCCAAUGAUUCAAUCCGGCAAACAUUACUUAGCUUUUGUUUGGCAAAACGGUAAAUCCUUAACAACAUUUCGAAAAGAACUACCGUUCCACGAACGAUUAACUUCGGUUAUUCUUCCAAUGAAAAAUAAAUACAUUCUACAAGCAAUACCCGAUGACAACCAAACAACACCUUAUUUAAAUUUAACACGAUUGAAAGCUUUUUUAACUAAAGUUCUCUCAUUUACUAAAUAUAUUAAUGAAGUUAUUAUACAAAUCAAUAGUCUCCAUAUUUUUCAAGUUAAUAAAACAAAGAAACCCUUAUCGUCAAUGAAAUUAACAGAAACAAGUAAUCUGCAUAGUUUUCUUCGUUUUAAAUCAUUAACUCAAACGGAACAAACGUUCAAAAUUUUAAGAGGCCCAUCGAUUACCUUGAUUCAUAUUGAUGUCGAAUCAAAAGUGAAACUUGAUGAAGAUUUUCAUCAACAUAUCGAAAAUGUCCUCAAAAAACGUUUACCAUCGCUUAUCCAUAUUGAACUUCUAUUUCCAUCGAAUCGAAUAUUCGAAAGCGAACAAUGGAACGAUCAAGUCUUCAGAGAUCUAAUUCCAUUGAGACAUUCACAGGGAAAAUAUUCUCCAUCAGGACAAAUCUUCAUUGGUUUAGGAACACAUCAAUCCACAGGUGUUGGAAUGCACAUUUACAGCCAUUUAGUUCCCACAAUUGAACGCGAAAAUAUCGAUUUGCAAGAUCCAUACAUCUCGAAAUGGAACGAACAACUUCUUAAAUCCAUCGGACAUAUUCUUCGAUUAGUUUACGAUCAAACAAUGCUUGAAAUUGUCAAUCACCAUCCACAGCAUCUCUACACCAUUCUUUCGUUGUAUGCUUUUCAAACAUCUGCACCGAACAAAGCGAUAGGUGAAUUUCUUCUCGGUGGUUUUCUUGCAUCUGAUAGAGAUCUCCUUGUGCCCAUUCGACGAUGUCCAUCGGAUACUCAAUUUUCGUUGAUUUCAUCUCGACAAGCAUAUGUUAGCAAUUCAAAAUAUAUGGAAAACUUUCUGACUAUGCCAUUAAUUCCAUAUGCAAUUAGCCAAGCCGAUUUUAUUCAGAUAUUAAAGCAUCAUGGUCGAGUUCAGGAGCUAUCGACUGAAAUAGUUGUCGAAAAGAUUCGCGAAUCCAUUUUUGUAUUCGAUGAGUUGAUUGAAUUACUUCAUUGGUUAUGUACGAAUGAUAUCGAAGAUAAAUCUUAUAUCAAACAGAUCUUUUCGGAAAUUUAUUAUCGUGAAACACUCGAAUCCUCGAUCAUUGAGUUGAAAAACGUUCAAUUCUACUCUGCUUUCCAUCUUCCGUCCUUCAUUCCAUUGCCCACGAACAUCUUGCCAUCGAAUGUUGGAAAUCACAUAUCCCACGAUGAUUUACAGCGAAAAUUAUCACUAUCGAAAGUUCCGAUGAGAAAUUUAAUUCAUUUUUAUCUUCUUGGUAAUCAGCAUUAUCUAUUCGAGAAUGAAAUUACAUCGAAGAUCCUUCUGAAUUUUCUCUAUCAAUAUUGGACACAAUUUCAUAAUGACGAACUCAAUCAAAUUAAAGCCGUUCUUUCCAAAUUGAAAUGCAUUUCAACAAAUCAAGGAAUGAAAUUGCCUCAAGAAUCUUUUAUUCCCUCCGCAAAUUUAUCCGCGCAUUUGCCUACCGUGUCUCAAAUAUUCCCCGAUGAUAAUUCACAAUCAGUCGAGUUUCUCAGAUCAAUCGGAUGUCGAACGUUUCACGCAAGUUUCAUGGAAUCAAUGGAUCCAACUAAUAAUGAUCAGUCAUUGCAACAUUUCGUUCAGGAUCUAUUGAAACAACGGGAGACUAUGAGUGAUGGAGAUAUUAACGCUUUGAGAAAUAUACCUUGCCUUACAGGAACAACGUUGCAAUCCAAUGGCAAACUGAAACGUAAAUGUAAAGGAAAUCAACUUCAUUUUCCAUCCGUAGCGAAAGAUCUUCACUGGCAAGAACUGUUGAUUAUCGAUUGGGUGGAUAUAAAUCCAUUCUCACAAGAAUGUAUGCUUCUCAAAGAGCUUGGCGUUAGAGAGGCACCUGAUUUGCCCACCCUGCUGAGUCGAAUUGUGCAAGAACAUGAGCAGAAAUCGAAAAUUGAAUCGGAUUAUGAAUUACCAGUGGCAUUGAUCUACUUUGCAGAAAAUUUUCGAAAAUAUUACUUAGAAUCUUGGAAAAGCAAUCAAGUUAAAACACCUUUUCUACCCUCCUCGCCACCCAAAAUCGAACAAUCGUCGGAAGUAAUUCUGACAACUCCUCAAUCCGUUUUCAAAGAAUUGAACCCAUUGUGCCCAUCAUUACUACCCAAAGUCAUGCGGUGCUUCUCACAUUGUUUUGAUAUCAGUUUACUUGGAAUCAAAUCACGUCCAGAUUUACAAACAGCAUUUGACGUUCUCAUGGAUAAACGUGAUCGAAUCUUAACAGUUGAAUCUGCUCCAAUCUAUUUUUCGUACUUAAACAAACUCGAAGGUCUUAACAGAACAUUCACGGAAAAAGCUGCGAGUAAAUUCUUCAUACCUUUAUCAAAUUCGUAUUCCAAACCAUCCCAAGUAUUCAUUCGUUCGAGUAACAUACCUCUCGAUGAUGAUGAUAAGGCAGCCGCGGGUCUAAUUGAUUAUAUUGACUAUGGUCCUGAAGCGAAUUCCUUUCUUUUCAGCAUUGGAGUUGUUUCGUUUCCAUCAGUUGAGACACUCGCCGAUUUACUGAUCGAACGACAAUCGUCUUACUUCGCGCGACCAAACGAAAUGCUCAAGGCGAAACUACGCGUUUAUAUCAAUUGUUUGAAACAACUAGCAGCGAUUCCGAAUAUCAAAGAAAGAUUUCGUGAUGAACCAUUGAAAAGUCGUUUGAUCGAUCAACCGUGGUGCCUAGGAUAUCAAACAAUUAAACAUUCGGAUGGAACGAAUGAGAACAUAUUUCGAGUAACAAAACCAAGUGAGAUUUACCUCGAUGAUGAUCAUCAAUCCGCGAUUGAUCUCCGACCAUUGUGUGCACCGGAUGAGUCAGAUUUGGUUAGGUUAUAUGAAGCUUUCGGAGCGAAAUGGUUAUCGGAAUCGAUUGAGCGAACUCUGAUGCAUACAGGGAAAGUUUCUACGACUCAACGAAGCAAAAUGUUAUGUGAAUUGAUUGAUCAUCGUCUGGAUAUGUUAUUUGUCAAUAAACGAGGUGAAUAUUUAGAAAAUAUCGAUGAAAAACGCCUCGAUUUGUUACGAAAGCAUUUAUCUGUUUAUGAAAGCGAAGGAAUUCAAUGUAAAAUCACUUUUGAACGUCGAACAAUCGUCUUAGAUUCAACCGAUUGUAGUUCGUGUGUUCUGGAACAUGACAAAAGCCAAGUCAAUCUGUACAUUCAUCGAGAUCUCCCAACACUUGAUUAUAUCGAUAUUGCCAGCGAAUUAAUUCGAUUUGUUCAUAAAAAACCACUGGAAACGUUAGUGCAUUCGAUUAGUGAUAAACUCUCAUCGCCUUUAGAAACACUCAAACGACGUGGAAUACCGGUGGAUAGAUUACUAAAGCAGAGACCCACGAAAUUAGUCGUACGAAAUGAACCGAUCAAACCUCAGUCGAAUAUACAAAAUCAAUCGUGGAAAUUCGAUCCGUACUAUCAAGAAACAUUCGAAAAAGCAUCCAAUGAGUUUGUUCAAAGUUUAAAAGAUUUCUUCUCUCCGACCAUUGAAAAGCAUUCGAGUAAUAUCGAACGAACUGGUAUAUCCGAUUUCGGGGAGAGUCCAAUCGAUGUCGAUCAACUGACACAACCAGGUCGAUCAUAUUCUGAAAAUGAAUUUCAGCACCCGGAAUAUUCGAAAUACGAAAAUAAUAAUCUAUGCGAAUACGUUCCACCCUCAAAUAUGAUCCGUCAUCCGAUCCUCUUUCAUAACAUUGCGCUCUACAUCGAUAAAAAUGUUCACGUAACAGAUCUGAUGAUCAAACAAGGUGAACAAUUCGCGUAUAUCUUGUCUUCGCUUGCUCAACAAGUCUUUCACAUGUCCGUAUCGGUAGUUCAUCUUUUCCGUGAUAUAAAUAGUGCACGCAUUGCGUUCAAUAAUAAUGGUGCAUUGUUUUUCAAUCUUCGCUACUUCGAACAAGUCUUCGCUAGUGACUUGGCGAAAAAUCAUUCAGUCAUUCGUCCGAUAAUGAAUUUUUAUUUUCUGAUUUUUUGUCAUGAACUAACACAUAACAUUCACGUCAAUCAUGAUCUAAAUUUUCUACAUUAUUUUCAGCGGGUCAUUGUCAAAUUUAUGGACGACAAAGAAAAUUUCCUAUCAACAUUUUCUUUUCUUUCUAAACAAAGCUAA